UAUAAAUACCAGGCCAGGCCAGUGAGUCAGGACGCAGUGAGCAGAACUCCUCAGGCCAGCUGGUUCUGCCCUCCGGGAGGAUGAGGAACUCCAUGACUGCCAUUUCAUUCUUUAUCCUCACGGCUGUCCUUGGAUCCCAGGCUGGGUUCCUACAUGAAACAAUAAGAAAAGACCAUCACUUUAAGCCUCCGGUAAUAAGUCAAGGCUUUCAAGACCCUUCAGAUUGCUGCUACUCCUAUGCCUCGCGGAUCCGGUGUUCAAAUUUUAUAUAUUAUUUCCCAACCAGUGGUGGGUGCAUCAAGCCGGGCAUCAUCUUUGUCAACAGGAAGAGGAACCAGAUCUGUGCCAACCCCAGUGAUUCGAAAGUUCAGCAAUGCAUAAGCACCCUGAAACAAGCCUCAAGACCUGGGAACAAAGUCAUUGCUUGAGAAGGAGGGCUAUAUUGCCAACCACUUUAAAGUAGCACAUGUGGUUAACAGUAGUUAGAUGGACUCAGCAUGACAUGACUACAGCCAUCUUGAGUUGUAACCAUGACGGUCUCUGAAUAACUAUUGAGUUUUCCUACAUAGUUCCUCAGCAGAUUAUAAAUGGAUGAACUACCAGAGUGGUCUUUGGGGCAUUGGAAUGUGUCUGGUUCUGAUACGAGCCUAAGCUGGUGCAUCUAUCUGAAGUGGAAUCCAUUUGCCCCAGCCCAUACAUAUGUAUUGUUUGUGGGGACCCAACUGUUCUUCCUGCCACCCGAGAGCAGUAAGUGCUUCCAAUAAAGUGCACUCCAUGUA